AUGCAGCCUCAAGGCACUUGUGGGAAAAAAAGAAAGGACCCACCAGCUCAGGUUUCCUCAGCCAAGCCAUCUCAGCUCACUAUGACCUUGUUCCCCACCAAGUUUGAAAAUGGAAAGAUUGAGUACAAGAUAAGGUACAAGGGGAGAUCAAGACCAUUCUCUAGAGCCAAAGCCUUGGUCACUUCAGAGCAGUCCAGGGAUCCAACCAAGCUAAAGGAGCUCCUAUCCCAAGUCCUCACUAUCACCCUUGAUGGUUUUCUAUCUAAAAAGAAAAGGAGUUAUAGCCAAAAGAGUGGAGACUGUCCAGACGGCUCUAUCGAGAGAACAGCGUCCCAACCGCGCAGUCCGGCUGGCCGAGGAACGCAUGUUCCGCGCUCGGCCAAAACUGCGUCCGUCCGUCUGAAGUCUCGGCCAAGUCCAAAACCACUCGGCCGAUCACGCAUCACGACCCGGGAAACUCAAGCCCGCGGUCGGCCACGCCACAACCGGCCACGCCACAACCGCGCACGACCAAAGCGCGCGAGCCGGGAAGUAAUGCCUCGCGGCCGCGCAACUCGCUUCACGUACCGCGCACGAACGCUCCGUCCGACCCGGGGAGUAACGCCUCGCGUCCGGCCGAGAGAUUUCAUCGGCCAAACAUCUAUCCGCCCGACCACGCCGACCGACCGUGAAUCCGUCCGACCCCGACCGUUCCGACUCGGCCACGACCCAACUGUCCGGCCGAUCGUCCCGACCGACCGUCCCAAUGCCGCGGUCGACCCGAAGCCCGUUUGA